UUAGAAUGUAACUAUAAUCAGUAUACGGCAGUUGAAUGUCUACAUAUAAAUAUCCAGAUUUUUUGUACACGAAGAAAGGGGAUUGUUGCAAUCAAGUGAUAUAAAAAAAACUACUAUUUAAAAUCAUAUGUAAAUACUUUACAAAAUUUUAAUUAUCAAAAUAACAUUAUUAACAAUAGAUAACAUGCUCAAGACAAAUCCUUUAGAAUCAGUGCAACUUAUAUCCAUCUUCAGUUACUUUAAUGCACUAAGUGAUUACUUAUUUAUCGAAAAUUGUCUAUCAGAAGUUGAUCAAAAUAAACAAAUACCAGUUGUUAAUGCACUCUAUGAAUAUUUCCAAGUCCAUCAUGAUGAUCAAACAAAAAUACUUAAAUUAAUAAGACAUUUGUUAAAAGGUAGCGAUUUAUACGGAGAAGAGGAGAAUGAAAAUCCUGACAUAAUUUUUGUGAACACAAUGUUUGAUUACAUUAUUAAGUCUCUUGUUUUUGACAAAUAUGGAAAUAUUUAUGGUUUUCUAGCUGAUGUUGUACAGAAAGCAAAAACGUUAGAAUUAAGUUUAAUAUACAGUGAAAUAAAGGUAAAUCUUGAGAAAGCAAUAUUUCAAAAUGAGUAUGGCGAACCAUCGACUCUUAGUUCUUUAUCAGUGAAUAGAAUAUUAACAGAUAUAAUAUUGCCUCUAUUUCCAAGACCAAAAACUGACCUUAAUUUAUUGUCUCUUGAUUAUAUUUAUGCACAAGCAGGAUUACAUUUUCUUCAACCUGGUAGAAUAAAUAGUAUCUAUUACACAGGUUCAGAGAACUUUAAUACUACUAUUUUAGAUCAAGACAACUUAUUUGAUGAAUAUUUAGCCACAGGACUUAUACUAGAAAAUUACCUUGCCAUUGAAAUAAAAACUUUAGAAACAUUGCAAGCUUUUGCUCUUCCAGCGUUAUUUGUCCAUGUCACUAAAGAAUCUGAUCAAAACGAUGAAAUAAAAAAUACAGUUUUUGACCCACAUUUCUGGACAGCAGCAUAUGAUAAUCUUUUUUUUUAUUUACAUAAAACUUUUGGCAGAAUAAAUGAUAAACUUAACACUGACACUAUAUAUCAAAUACAUGUAGCGUUCUCAACAUUUUACAAUAGGUCGGCAAUAGCUAAACUAUUAAUAGAAAGUCAUUGCCAAUAUCUUAACAAAGAAGAAGUACAAUCCAAAAUUGCUGACUAUUUUUAUAAUCCCGAAGGUUUUCAAUGUAAUUCUGAUUAUAUAUUACCAAAUCUAACUGAAGCAUUCAUGUACCAAGUGAAUGAAAUUAUUGAAGCGUAUAAAAUGCAUGAUUUGAAAUCAGUGAAACAAUCAUUUGGAAUUACUUUAUUAAGAUCUCUCAAAUAUGAUAAAGUAAUGAUACAAUUACUUGUUCCGGAUGAUAAAGUAAAAUUAGGUGUAUUUAAUAAUGAUGCGCGAAUACCAUUUGAUUUAUUUGUGUUUUAUUAUCCAGAAAACAAUAAUGCAGAAUUUUAUGCAUUAAUACGAGAAAAUUACAUGACGACAUUAAUCAAAGAGGCUGAUAAUCCUGAAGAUUUUAAAAACAAAACUGGUAUGAGUGUUCAAUUGUUGCUAAGUCUUAGGUAUCAUCGAUUAAAUUUAAAAACAGUUGACCAAUCUAUGGAUGUAUUUUGGAAUAAAUUUUUAUCUUAUAAAGAACAACGAUUAGAAUCAUAUUUAAAAUUUUCCGACUCACGUUUUGUAUUGGGUGAAUGGUGGAAGGAAUUUGGUUUACCAUUAGUACCGUUCUAUCCAUGCGUAACAAAAUCUGCAGAGAAAAAAAUUGGUGAUACUGAUUCUUGCAAGAUUGAUGAUUUGGUAUUUUUUCACAAAUUUAAUACAGAUAUAUCUUCAUUAUUGAUUCAACAAAGUACACAAACCUUACUCACUUCACUAGGUACUUCUUUGAAGACUGUAGUUUUAAAGAAUUCAAAGAACGAAAUAAUAUAUUUCUUAAUUAAAGCUAAUUGGAAGGAUAUAUUAUCAUCCAAAGAAGAAAUACCUAUGAUUGAAUUAUCACAAAAAUUGUCAUUACAUAUUGAAGAACCUGGAUUUCGACUUACGUCUCUAACUUUGAAGUAUCUAAAUUUUUUAAAAUCAACUAUUUUUGUGAUAGAAAACAAUUUUAAUCAGAGGUUUACAUCUCUUAAUAAUAUUGUUGGAAAUAUUCAUUUUUUAAUUGACAAUGUGUUAAAAGUGGUAACAUUGGAAGUUAAAAACACACCUUGUUCUUUUUACAUAAUGUGUAAAGACAAUUCUAAAGAUAGUUACGGUUAUGGUUACAAAUAUGGUUAUCUAGGUUCGAAAAUAUUUGUCCAAUUAAGAACUAAUUAUAAUAUAAACGAAAAAUUUCUUCUUCUUGUAAAUGACACUAAACUAAAUGUUGAAAAAGUAAAUGACGUAAUUAUAGAUCAAAGUUUUGUUCAUAUUAAGGGAAAUUGUAUGUUUGGAAUUACGAACAAAUUACAAAGAAGCGAUGAAAAAUUUUCGUUUUUAGGAAUAUCUAUUAAUUCUUUCAAUAUUGAAAAAUGUGACAUUGGUAUAUACAUGCAAUGGUCACUACCUUUAACUGAUUGUCCAAGACAUGCCCGUCGUAUGGAAAAAAGUCGGAAUCUUAAUGAAGUUGUCGAAUUAGUAUUAAAAAAACAAAUGAAUCUUACAAGAAAUGAGAUAUUAAAAACAAUGGAAAAAUAUACAUUUCCGGAUGAAGGAAGGCUUGAUUUAAGAUUUAUGGAAGAUUGGACAAAUACUGCAGACUUAAAAAUACCUGAAUGGGCAGAACACUAUAUAAUAGAAAACCAUGCUCUUCUCUCGAAAUUAAGAUUCGAUUUACACCUCGAGAAUGCUAAUUUGUCACUUACUGAUGGUAGUCUUAAAAUUGAAUCAAUUUACACAUUUCGGGAAAAACAAAAAAUUGAAGAUGGAACAAAUCUAAAAAGUAUAAUUGAACACUACAAUUCUCAAAAUGCACGAUAUCUUACCACAUUUGAAGAUUAUUAUGCAAUUCGAAAUUUUGCACAAUCUGGAUAUACAAGAAUAACAGGAGAUACGAGGGAGGCAAAUUUUAUGAAAUUGGCUUUAUAUAAAUUAGCAAUAAGACAAUCUGACGAUCCAGAUGAUGAAUUUGAAAAAACAUUAUUUAGAAUUGAAUCGAAACCAAUAGAAAUUAUCAACAAAACAAUAUCUUCUAGACAAAUAUUUAUUUUGCAAAAAUUUACAACAAAUUAUUUAAAAGAGUCUUUAGCUAUUAAUUCCGCUUCGGUUGCAAUCUCUGGAUAUAAAAAUAUCUUGUACGUGUUGAAAUUGACUAAACCUUAUUUUAGAGCAAAAAUAAAACAUUUCUUCCAUUAUGAGGAAGAGAUUGCAAUUCUCUUACCGGGAACUACGUUUUCUAUUGUUAAUGUCAGUGAAACACAAUUUCUUAACUUGGGUGAUUGUUUAAGAGUGGAACUUAUGUAUAAUCACAAAAAUGAUGUGAAAUAUCAAUGGUACAAAAAUAUUAUGAGAGAAAUUACAGAAAUUACAAAAUGCUGUUAAACUGUAAGUUUUGACUAAGGUUGAAGAUUAAUUGUAUCUGACUCUCAGGUUAGAAGAAAAAAAAUUUUUUUUUGAGUUAUGUAAUUUAUUGUUCUCAUUUUUUAUUAUAAAUAAUUGUCUUCGAUUGUUAUUUUGACAAGUUUAUACUAUUAUUAUUUAAAAUAUAUUUUGUAAUAUUGUGCCUACACUGAAAGAAAAUUCAUACUACUAAGUAUUAAACUCAUAUUAGAGUUUAAUAUAAAUGUUACAAUUUAGGGAAAAAGUGCACCUAUACUGAUUACUAUUACAGUUUUUAUGAAAAUAUAUAAUGAAUUUAAGAGUAACUAUUAUUUUAAGAAAUAAGAAUUAGUAUAUUUAUUUUAAAAAUUAGUAUUUUCUUUAUGAAUUCACAGAAUACGAAAUAUUAUAAUAAAUAAUUUCACAAAAUAGUAAGAAAAAUAACAUAUAUCCGUAUACUUAUUUCACAUUUUGUAAAACUUUAUAUUAAAAGUCACGGAUUUUCCCGAGAGACUACGAAUUUAACCGAAGUUCUGUCUGUUUGCGGCUUCGUGUCCUACUCGAACUUCUACGACUUGAUCCGAUUUUCGAAAGUAUUGUUAACCAGCAGAACGUACCUAAUUUAUUUUCAAUUUAUAAAAAAUGUUUUAUUAAAGUUAUUUAAUAAUAAUAAAUUUAUUAUUAAUUAUUAAA